UUACCAGGCAGUUGACCCCCUCCCUCCCGUUUCCUGCCUUUCUCCUCCAAAAGCUGCUCACUGACCGAAGAAGAGUCUAUCCCGGAAGUAGGCGGAUGCAGGCGCUAGUUAGCUAGCUCGGCUAGCUACUUCACUUCAAAAUACUGAUACAAUAUGUCGAUAUGCCAUUUCUGAUACGGUUGUGAUUGGCAUAGACAUUCGCCCGUCUGUCAAAAAACAUUAUGUAAUUCUAACGAGCUAGACGCGAAGAGGCACAAAACAACAUUGGUAACUUAGCUUGUUUAGCUAACGUUAGCUAGCUAGCAAGUUAGCUGUAAUAUUUUCACGACAACUGAGCCGACCCCGUUCUGAGGUGACAGUGGGUUUCAGUGGCAAUUUCUCCAAACCCCAAAGUCUCCUGAAGAACUGUUGGGUCGAUUCACAAUGGAUGAGGAUGGUGAUGGCAGACCCAGCCUGUCUAUCUCCUGUCCCACUCGACCUAAACCCAGACGGUCACCAGAUCCUGGCAGGAACCAGAGAACACUGCAGGGUCCCAAGCUGCUUAAAGUUGACUGGGAUUCUCUUUUUAGAGAGAGACAACCUCCAUCAGGAGUAGCUAAACAGCACCAGGAGAAUCAGCAGAAACCCAAUACAUUUCACACCUGUCCAGUGUGUGGAAGACACUGCCAAAAGUUAUCCAUACUCCAGAUCCACAUGAGAAUCCACACGGGAGAGAAGCCGUACCCCUGCCCCGACUGUGGCAAGAAGUUCGCUCACCUGGGAGCCAUGAGACGACACCACCUCACACACACUGGAGAGAAGCCUUACUCCUGCUCAGUGUGUGGGAAGAGUUUCACCCAAUCAGGUCAUCUGAAAGAGCACCAGCAGUCUCACUCCGGAGAGAAGCACCACUGUCUGAUCUGUCAGAAACAGUACAUCAGAGCAGAAGAUCUGAAGAUACACCACAGAGUUCACACAGGAGAAAGGCCCUACCGCUGUGCCGAGUGUGGCAAGAGCUACAUCAGGUCAAAGAAUCUCCGGGCUCACAAGCUGACUCACCAGAGGACACAAGGUGGGGGUGGUGGAGUGAAAGUGAAGGAGGAGAAAGAAGAGGAGGUUGCUGAAGGAGAGGAAGUUGGCUGGCGUUUCCCUGAUCUCAGAGAGAGUCCUGUCCAUGGCUCUGGUAGUGAAGGAAGUCCCCCUACAUCACACAUCAACAAGGAUCCUGGUGACCAAUCCAGCACCAAAGCUAUAGAGUCCCAGGGUCCUGAUCGAAGCCAUGAGGAGGACAGCACUCAAACACCUGGGAUGAACGCUCAUAUUGUAGAAGAGGAGGAAGAGGAGGAGGAAGUUGGUGGUUUCAUCAAUUCCGAAGGAGAAGAAUUUGGCUGGGAUUCUGUUCAACAUAGGAAGUGGAGGCAGAACGCUGACUGUUCUUUAGUUGACCGGGGAUCUGUUCAACAUAGAGAAAGCCCCAACCGUGGCUUAGACAGCGAAGAGAGUCCCCCUACAUCAGAACAUCCUGAACACCAGGAGAAUCAGAAAACUAAGAUAUCCCACUGCUGCUCAGUGUGUGGCAGAGAAUGCUAUAAGCUCUCAGUACUACAGAUCCACAUGAGAAUCCACACGGGAGAGAAGCCGUACCCCUGCCCGACUGUGGCAAGAAGUUCGCUCACCAGGGAGCCAUGA